AUGGACGACACCGCACCCGACGUCGACGCGCGCGCGCGUGACGAAGGAACGACGGCGAACGCGACGGCGAACGCGACGGAGAACGCGACGGACGCGACGGAUGCCGCGCGCGCGGGACGACCGUGGACGGAGACGACGCCGCGACGCCGCGAGCGCGCGUUCGCGCCGAACGUGCGAGGGACGGGGGUGAAGGUGCGCGCGCGAACGUCGGGAGAGAUAGGGGCGAGCGUGGAUGGGAAGAAGCGCGCGAGGGAGACGGAUGGGGGGGAUCGGGACGGCGGAGGCGCGAGCGCGAGACCGGCGUCGAGAUUGGGGAAGAGCGUGGAGAGCGCGAGCGAGGGGGAGGGGCGGAAAAAGUCGAGAUUGACGGCGGUGGUGCCGUCGGUGGUGGGGUCGGGGAGUCGGUUGAGGACGGCGAGGGAGAGCGCGACGCCCGCGCCGGAGCGGCCGAGGACGCCGACGACGCACGCGUCGCAGGCGACGAUGAGCGGUUCGCCCGCGGUGCGAGGACAGACGCCUUUGGGUUUGCGAUCACCCGCGCCCAGUCGUACGUCGAAGCAAUUGGUGCCCGCGGCGUCGAGGAUCGAGGCGAAGCUGUCGCCCAUCGUUCCGGCGCCGCCGCUCGCGUUGCCUCACGGAGGCGUCGCGCCCGUGGAUCCUCUUUCGUCUCCUGGAGCGCUCGCGCUCGUGGUGCCGCCGCCCGUGAUGGCGGUUCCGGCGCACAGAUGGGUUCGGUCGGCGGGUUCAACUCGCGGCGGCCGUGUCGGCGAGGGAAGUCGACGGGACUUGCUCGAGGCAACGACGUCGUACGACAACGAUCCAGCCAUGACGAUUCGCGACAUCAUACGACAGAAAUCCGCCGAGGAACGGGCGAACGAGGCCAAGUCUCGAAUGUUGAAAAAGUCUAAAUUGAAGGCGGCGAGCGAUUUUGGGAAGAAAAGAACGCCGGAGCCCGCAGCUCCGGUGGCACUGCCAGGCAAGUCGUUUGCGCCGAAACCCACUGUCAUGGCACCGCAGGUGCAAGUCAUAGACGGUAACAUCGUCAUUAAUCCGCACUCACUCACCGUGGCCGCGGCGGCGGAGAAGUCCUCGGGGUUGGACGAGUUUAAACGCGUGGAAGAGAACGGGACAAAACUGAACUCGGCCACGUACGCUAACCGAGCAAAGGCGGAAAAGUGGAGCAAGGACGACACCGAACUCUUCUACCGAGCCAUGACGCAGUUUGGUACGGACUUUUCGCUCAUCGCUCGUCUUUUCCCAGGCCGCACCCGUCGUCAGGUGAAACGCAAGUAUCUUAUCGAGGAUCGAGCCGACCCGCGACGGGUCGAGCGAUGCAUUUCAAACCGUGAGACGGACCCAGCAAUUUACAAGGCGCUCAUAUCGGUACUGCAGGAGCAAGCCGCCGAGGCGGAUCUCGCUCGCUCUAAUAUAGAUGCGCGCGUCGUCUUGGACGGCGACGCCGGAGAGGAAUCGACGGAACAGCCACCCACUGAGGACGAUUCUGUGAAGGAACAACCAGCCGCGGAGCCGGCCCCUUCGAAGUCCAAAAAGAAGGCAGCGGCUGCGGCGCCUAAAGGGAGGAAAUCCACGCGGACGGCCACGAAAACUUAG